UUUAAAUAUUUCAUCUUGUUUGUUCCUGAUCUGGUUAGUUUCUGGUAUUCUUUUUGGAUAGCAAAUAUAUGACAUAAAUCUAAUUUCUUAUUGUUGUUCUUGAAAUGGUUGUUUAUUUAGGAAUAGUCUUGUAUUUGCAUUUAGAAUUCUUAUUGAAUCCUUGGGUCUUACCUAGAUGGCAGGUGUUGAUAAUGAAGUUCUUAUUAUUGAGAAUAAUGAUGAGGCAUCUGUUUGGACUCAAAAGCAUGAAGAAAUUUUCAUUGAACUUAUGGAAGAAGAAGUCUUAAAGGGAAAUAAGAACACCACAACCUUUACCAAGCAAUCAUGGAAAUAUAUAAAGGAAGAGCUUUGUGCACGAGCAAAAAGAAAUUAUAGUGAUAUGCAACUAAGGAACAAAUACAAUCAAUUAAAGCAAAAGCAUAAGGAUUUUAAGUCUUUACUGAAAGAGACUGGUAUGGGAUACAAUACAGUGACUGGAGAAGUUAGUGCGAUAGAUGAAGAUAAACUUAUUCAGGUUAACAAGUCUGCUAGAAGAUUCAGAAAGAAAGGUUGUAAGUUUUGUGAGAAAUUAUGCACUAUCUUUGGUGAUACUACUGCAACUGGUUCCAAUGCUCAUCCUUCAACUCGAAGUCCUUCUAAUGAUGGAGAUAAUAAUGAUGAUGAUGCAACGUCGAUAAGUCCAUCUACUAGGAAUGAAGAAAGUGGUUUUGAUGAGGAUGGUAGCAGAAGAAGAGGUAAAUCAACAGCCACUUCGAACUCUCGAUCAGUAAAAAGAGCAAAGUUCUCAUCAGGUUUGGCAGAUGCACUGGCAACAUAUAAUGAAACUGCAAAGCGAAAGACAGAAUUGAUAGAGAGAUCAAUGGCAACAUCUGCAUCACAUUACUUAUUGGAUGAGAGUGUUGAAGCUCUUAAUCAAAUUGAUGGAAUUAGUGGAGAAGUAUACACAAAAGCAAUUGAGAAGUUUGAGAACGAGGUGUCCAGAGCAUUGUUUCUAAAGAUGCCAGAGCAUAGAAGAAUAGAUUGGUUGCUGAAUUUGAAGUGAAAAAGUUUAGACUUUGUUUAGCUAUGAACAAGAUGACUUUAUUUAGCUAUUAACUUUAGUUUUGUUUAGCUUUUGAUUGGAUGACUUUGUUAAG